AUGGCCCUUGUGAAGCAUAUCCUCGAGCAGAAUUCGGUCAUGUCGUAUGAUCUCGAACGCUAUUUCAAGGUAUGCAUCGAGCUACGAGGGCCAAUUCCGGACACAUGUUUGUGCCACUUUGUUGACCGAACCGCUUUCGACCUCAAGAGUGGGGAGCGCCACCGCCUCUCUAUGUCGACGGCGACCCGCGCCUCUCUCCGCGCCGUGGUAAGCAUCGCGGCCAAAAUUCAACGUCUGGCCUGCAUGUGCUUGACAACACUGCGAGGGCGACUGCAAGCUAUGCUGCCCCAGUACUCCGAAGACAUCCGACAUAUGCCGUCUCUGGUCCCAUUGGGAUACACUGUGCAAAGGUGUGGCCGCGACGGGAGAGCGAUCAAGGUCCGCGACAUUGUCCAGAACAUCCUCGCCUCGGCGUUGAACGCGCAGGAAAUCGUGAAGACGGUGGUGACAUUUGAUUCCACUGGACAUGCUUCAAGUGCAUGGGGGAUCGUGUCGUUGGGGUUGUCGAUGAUCAAAAAGGAUAUCGAGCGCAGAGAUGCUAUUCUGGGAGCCUCUGAGUAUCUGGCUGAGCAGCUCGCUUAUUUCACUGUCCUCGACAAAGGAUGCCGAUACCAAGGCCGCGAGAGCAACGGACAGUUGGAAGGCGCUCUUGUUGGUGUCUAUGCAGCAAUGUUGAAUUACUCGGCGGAGGUUAGACGAAAGUUCGAUGAAAGCGGUGUUGCCCGGAUAGGAACCACGCUGAUUCCCCUUGCCGAGCAACCACUGCAACAGCUUCGAGUGACUGUGGAAUCCAAAGCAGAAUUAGCUGAGAAAUGGGCUAGCAUUGUUGAUCGAUCUUUAGAUCAAAAGAAACAGGCUGCGGAUAUCCUCACUAUCAUCGACAGGAACGUGGAAGAGCUCCAGAGAGUUCAUGCGAGGAUUUUAACAGGUGCCGAGGACAACCGGAUCCUGGAAUGGCUGUCACAGUCACGCUAUUCGGAGGCCCAGAACCACGCUCAAGACUAUCGGGCAGAAGGCACAGAAGACUGGUUCAUUGAGUCAGAUGAGUAUAACACGGGCUGCGGGAAGUCAGUGAUGUGCUCCACAGUUAUUGACGACAUCACCCAGAGCUGUCAUGGCGAUCCGGAGAAGCAAUGCGCAUACUGGUACUUCCAAUUUAAUGUCAGCGAAUCGCAAAAUGUUCAAAAUAUGUUCAGGUGCCUCAUACGUCAACUCCAUUCGGCUCCGUUAGAGGAGAAGAUCAAGAGUGUUUGGAGAGAGCAUGGUGCCAAAGAAAGCCAGCCGAGCAUGAAGGCACUGUCAGGAGUUCUUCACAGUCUCAUAGUGGCCUUCCGAGGAGAAAUAUGCCUAAUUCUUGAUGCGUUGGAUGAAUGUCCUGAAUCGCCUGAAUGCCAUGAAAGACGUGUCUUGCUUUCUUUGCUUGAGGAGCUUCAGGAAAGGCACAGUGACAAACUUCACAUCUUGGUGACUAGCCGACCAGAGCCAGAAAUCAGUAAACGACUUGAGAGACAUGCAACUUUGGACCUGGAAGAGAAGCUCGAAGAUGAUGUGGCAAAUUUCGUCAGACUCAAAGUCCAGGGUCUUGAUGGAAGAAUUGCAAACCAGGAUCUCAAAGAGCAGAUAAUGGAGGAGUUGCUGCAAAUCGAAAAGAGACGCUUUCGCUGGGCAGAUCUUCAAAUCAAGCGUCUUGAGGCCUGUCACACGGGAGCAAUGAUUCUGGAAGCCUUGAGGACCAUACCCAAGACACUGCAGGAUCUGUACGUAUCUGUCAUUGAGGGGAUCAAGCCGUCUGAAAGGGACUUUGCGCUCAGGCCUCUAAGUCUAGACGAGGUCGCGGCUGCAGUGGGUUUACCGGUCCCAGAGCAUACUGAUGUUAUUGGCGGGGAUAAGGGGAUCAGACUGGCUCAUUUCUCAGUCAAAGAAUUUCUUAUUGCCGACACAGACCGCUGGUAUCAUCUCUCCAAUGUGAGCUGCCACAGACAACUAGCCGAGUUCGCCAUCAAGGCUCUCUUGAAACAGACAGUAAAGUCAAGGACGGCAAAACCAACAGGGGUACUCCCAUAUGCUGCAGAAUACUGGCCGGAUCAUCUCACGAAAACGGCCGCUGGUGGCUCUGAUAUAGAUUUAGAUAUCAUGAACUGGCAGACAGUGUACCCACCUCCUAUCGGUGAAGCCUCCCGGCUAGGACUUAUAUGCUGUGUGAAUAGCUUACUCGAACAAGGAGCCGACCCUUUGGAACAAUAUAGCCUGUCAAGAGGGUUCUUUGGGGCAAGCAAUGCAGUGGUUGAUGCUGCUCGGGCCGGUUAUCUUGAUAUCUUGAUCCUGUUGCUGAAGAAUAUUACUAUCCCGUCUGAUACAGCUGAACGGACAUUGCAGUUACUUCACGUUCGUGGAUCCGACUACCUGGCACUGACGGAUGUAAUCAAAGCGCUUUCGGACUCGGGAGAGAUCUACGAUCACUCAACCGGACAAGAAGUCCACAUCAAGGAAAGCAUCGUAAUAGCGAUUGUAGGUAACCAGGAAAGUGGUCUGGAGCUCAUCAAUGCCCUUUUCGAUCGACAUGAAGAGAAGGGGUGCGCGACUGUGCCUAUCACGGAGAAUGUUGUGAUCAGAUGUCUUCAGAACACGAAAUCCGGCAGUGGCAUCUUGAGCCUCUUACUGGAAAAACGCAGUGCAGAUGUUCAGAUCUCUCCACGCAUCAAGGAGCUUUUGGCCGCGUCAAGCACGAUAAGUGCUCGGAGUAUGGCAGUGUUGGUUGGAGCACAGCAUGAAGAGUUCGUCUCGGAUACGCGCUUAUUCCUCAAGUUUGCAGAAGGCGCAAGCGGAGAAGAAAUGGAAUCACUUCUCAAGACAGUGGGUAACGAAGAGUCAAACACGAGCGAUUCAUCCGUGCUGGAGAUUUUGGGUUGUCUGUUGGAUAUAUGCAAAGCAAGCUUCCCCAUGGGCGAGGCUGUUAUGCUAUCAGCAAUAAAUGGACCGUCUGCAAAACAGAUUCUCGAAAUGUUCUUGUGCAGACAGCAAGCUGGAUUCACUGUCACCCCGGCGGUGUUACGCGCAGCGGCACAAGUAAUCCGUGACAAUGACCUUCUGCCGAUUUUUGAGAUGUUAAUGAACAACGGGGGCUUGGGCGUUCCAAUCACAGAUGUAGUACUGAAUGCUGCGGAACGGGAAACAAUCCAGGCGCUCCCUAUCACGGAUGCACUUACCGCACUGGAGACCAUCUUUCGCCAUCGGCCGGAGAUUCGAGUGACCGAUGAGAUGUUUCAGCCGCAUGGCCAUCCUCCUAUCAAGCGGAUGAUCUAUCAAAUGGUUAAGCCAACUUUCCCUAGGGAUGAGCCGCCGAAUCCUUAUGCCUUACAAGUCCUGCUUCAAAGAAACCCCAACGUGCCCAUUACGCAUCGGGCCGCUGUGCAAGCAGCACAGAAUUCAAAGGCAUUUUCUAUUCUUCUCGACAGACGACUUGAGGACAUCACGAUAUCACCGGAGUUGAUGCUUUCCAUGAUGAGAAGUGGUGGGCCAUUGCAAAUUUUGCAACGCAUCCUCGAACAUGCCGGGCGCACAAUGCCGAUUACAGAGAAAGUUCUAAAGGGUGCUGCGUCCAGCCCGGCGGCGUUGAAAAUGAUUCUUCAAACUGAGGGAUGCAAUGUUACUCUGUCCGAAGAGGUGCUUAUUCUCGCCACUUACAGACGACUGUGGGCAUUGCAGUGGCUCAUCCGGGAGCACAGCACACCAGUGCCGCUGACAGAAAGAAUGCUGGUGGCCGCCGCGGCAAAUGGCCUGGCUGGGGUACAAUGGCUUCUCCAAGAACGGCCUCUCAACGCCGAUUUGAAUUGGGUGUGGAGAGCGAUAUGGACGUGGGAUGAUGACUUCUGUGACUUCUCUUACGGGGGCACUCUGGUUUUGGAUAUAGACACUUCUUUUUUCCGAAUGAAAGCCGCCAGCAAUAUUCUCCAUUAUACCAAGGCUGUGGAUAUUUCCGAAGAACUAUUUGAACAACUCUCAAUCGCUAGCCAGGAGAACAAAGGCAGUCUUCUUAUCGACUUCAUACAUAUCUGCAUAAGCUACGGGCUACCCGUGCUGAUGACAGAACGAAUGCAGAGACUGGCAUCAGAAAAGUCUCAUGCUCAUGCGAUCCGAGAUUUAUUCCGUCAACAGUACUUCCCCAAGGAUAAUAUGGGAGAGUUUGAGAAGAUGCUAAGGUCUCUGGCAUUUGCUGAAGGCGAAGAGAAUUCGAGCCUCGAUGAAUGA